AUGGUUGGACCGGCUGUCUCCCUUGCCCCUCUGAGCCGUACCGACGGCUCAGCUUCCUACCGGUGCCCUUCAACGGGCUUCAAUAUCCUGGGCUCUGUGAAUGCUCCCGUCGAGCUCCCCGGUCGUCGCGAUGCUCAGAAACCGGAAGAGGCCACCGUCGAGGUCUUCGUCAAGCCCGGUACCGCCCCGCCCGGCGUUGGUGAACAAUACGUGAACCGCCUACUGAAAACCAUGCUGGGGAAAAUGGUUUUGGGACGGGAGAAAGGCUUUCCUCGGCGUGGUGUGGUUGUCACAUUGGCAGUUGUUGGUGGUGAGAGUGUGGCAAGAGGUGACUCGUACCUGACUAUCCUGCCUUCUCUCAUCCAUACAUCACUCUUGGCUCUGUUGUCAGCUUCGGUUCCCUUGUCAAUGACUUUCACCGCGACCGCGUUGGCGGUGACUGCGUCAGGGGAGAUCAUUCGCGACCCGUCUUCGCAAGAUGCCAAGACUGCAGCAUCGCUCCAUGCCCUGGCAUUUACCUCAAAAGGCCACUUGUUGUUGAAUGAAAGUCAGGGAGCCUUCGAUUUUGAUACUUGGGAAAGAGUGCAUGAGCGUGCAUUGGUCAUCUGCCACGGGGGCUCAGCCACUAGUGCGGAUGGAGAUAUUGCCAUGGCCGAAGAUGCGGAUGGGCAACCUCUGGAGAACUUUGUCCGCGAGGCUGUCGAGGAUAAACUUCAUCGCGACUACAGUUGGCAAAUCGAUGCGGUUUGA